UGAAGAGGAUUUAUUACGUCUAACCAAGAGGAAGUGUUUUUUAUCAUGAAUAUUUCAUUUGAAGUUGCCUAGCAUACCGCAAACUUACGAAAGGACCUGUAUUGCUAUCAACGGUUGACUGCCUCUAAAACUGGACGUGGGAACAUGGCGAAAAGUUACGAUUACUUGUUUAAAAUUCUGCUUAUCGGGGAUUCGGGUGUAGGAAAAACUUGCAUUCUGUGCAGAUUCGCGAACAACGAAUUCAACAGAUCGCACAUCUCAACGAUAGGUAAGCCUAUUCGCAGUUCUCCUUGCUUCAAAAUCAUUGUUUAUAUCAGCAGGUAGUUAAAUACCUGCCACUCAAGAUGCUAAGAGAAAAUGUCCCUGAUUUGUGUUUUCACAGGAAUUGAUUUCAAAAUGAAGACGAUCGUAGUGGAAGGCAAACGAAUAAGGAUACAAAUGUGGUAAGCUAGGCCUGUAUGUCGAUCGGUUUCCGGUCAUUCGGCUUAAUGAUUUUUAUAACUGUAGGGAAUAAGUGGGAUUUUGAAUUGUUAAUAAUUUGUACUGUACGUCUAUUAUAUUAAUGUUAAUCGUUAUCGGGAUUCGAAACCAAAGUGUACCAAACUACUACUUUAUCAGGAACGCUUUGGCUCAAAACUACCGCGUCACCACAGGAAGCUUUGAACUCUAUAGAGCUAAAUUUUCGUGGCUCUUCUUACCCACAGCGUUUCGUUUUUUUCUAUAGUUAUCGAAAUGACUGGCUGAUUCGAAAAUCUUAUCUAGUGUUAAUUUUUUUGUUUUUUCUUUACUGAAAAUCAAUAUAUAUAAGCUUAAAUGCACGGUAGCGUGACCUUGGAUGAUCAAAAAAACAAACCAACGCGAGGAUGCGGUAGUUUGACGUAGAGCUAUGUAUCGAUAUAUUUCUCAACCUCCUAUGAUAGAUUUGUGCGAACAGGAAAGAAAAAGAAAUUAAACUACACCUAUAAGAGUUCAACUGGUCAUCUGACAACAAAUUAAAUUUUAAGCAUCCAAGAUAGCUAUUUUGCCCAGUCAGUUCUGUUACCAAUACAUCAGCUAUAUUCGCUUUUCUUUGAAUUCAAGGACGGGUGCCAUAAUAUAUCGGCAUGAAAACAUUAAUUUUAGGCACAAAUAAACUCAGCUGCAACGUCCUAUUUCACUUUCUUCCCCUUGUUUUUUCAGCUGUCCGUUUCUGGUGAAUAAAAUUUCAUUCAGAUCAGAUUGUGCAGUUAACUGCUCUAAGACGGUCGAACUUAAAGUUGAUAUUUCUCUCACUGUUAUCUGAAUAGCCACUUGUCUUAUGUGUUUUCUUUUUGCCAUGAUAUAAAGAGCAGCUAAGGGUUUUAUUCACGAAGAAUAUCAUAGGUAUUGCAUUAGAAGGUCAAUAAGUAAACUCAAAUGUCUUGAACUGAAUGUCCCCGGCUUUAAGUAUCUACAGAAAUAUAUCUUCAUUGAAUAUUUAAAUGAUGGAGUUGUAGAUUUCCCAUUUACACACCCAAACAUAAGUUGCAUUCUAGUAGAUUUUAUUUAUAUUUCCUUUUCUUAACUUUUGUUCAACAAUAACUUGGAUUACAUUGACAGAAAUUAUGCAAAGGGAGUCUGUAAUUGAACAUCUUUGACACAAUAUGGUUAACAAAUGAUAUCAUAUUUUUUUCUUACAUAAUCUAAUAGUUUAUUGUUGUGACUACACUUUUCUUUAUUCUUUUGGGUAGUCGUAAAACACAGAAGAAGUGUGGUUAACCAUGUGUAUAAACGGUUUUCAUUAUAUUAGUUUUACUUGUUGCUGUUUCAUUCCCCAGUGCAUUAAAUAGUGAGUUUGAAAAGUAACUUAAUGAUGGAUAUUUUGUUUCAUUAGGGACACAGCUGGUCAAGAAAGAUAUGAAACAAUAACAACACAGUACUACAGGCGAGCGCAUGUGAGUAAUAAACACCCUAUCAUGGAGAAAACUUUUCUUGAAACACUUAAAAGAAAGUUCAUCAGCGGUGUUUCAGAACCUAUCCACAUCCAAGAGCUCUGUUGAUGUUUCAAUAAUAAACUGAUCUAUAACGUGUUAUAAAAAGAUCUUCACUCUUUUAUUGACCCUUUUAGUUCAUCUAGAAACAAAUAAAUAGCUGAGAAGAAUAUAAAAAAGUGUUUUAAUUUUACGACUAUAUAUAUUCAUAUUCAAAUCUGUUUCAUCUUUUUGCAAGUUUUUCCAAAAAACGGGGUGCAAAGAAAGUCAGUUUUACAGCCUGCCAUUUGGGCAAGCUGUAGCUAACAUGUACUAGCCCACAAGCCAUUUCAACUAGCCCCCAAACCCUUUUUGAUAAGCAGGAUUGAUUACAAUCCUUCUGUAAUUUGAAUUUCCCCCAAAAAAUAGCACUUGACCGUCGGGCAAGUUAGAACAAAAAUCACUAGCCCGAUAGCAAAAUCCACUAGCCCCGGGCUAUCAGACAUGAUUUUCUUUGCACUCUGAAAAAUGUGACACUUCUCCUGUGAAAGAUGCAUUUAGUUUUUGUUAUUUUUUACUAAUAAUAAUAAUUAAGAUUCGUCUGUUAAAUUAUCAACUAAAUUUUGAUUUUUUUUAUUGUGAUAAGAAGAUGACAUACCCAAACAAAAAUUCACCACACAAGAUAAUGAGUAUUUCUAUUCUUUUUCCCCAUUCAGGGAAUAAUUCUGGUCUAUGACAUCACAAGACAAGAAACUUUCAAUAACAUUCGAAAAUGGCUUAGAUAUGUUGAUGAGGUAAGUGUUGUCUCGUCAAAUAAUCCUUAAAUAGCUUUAUUUGACAAGAAAGUAGGAACUUCCUAUUUAACAUGAAACAAGGAAGUGUCAGAGACAUUGCUUCCUGUUUUCUCUUCUUAAUAUGGAACAAGAAAAUUAUGUAUGAAGCAAAGAAAAGUUAUCCUAUUUUUCGUUAGACAUCGAAAAUCUGUACAGUUUAAAUAAAUAAUUUUUUAUUGGUCUUGCCACUGGUCAGCUUUCCAGUAAGUGGACCCCAAUUAAAGAGUUUAGCUCUCUGAUUCAGGCUAAUUUACUUGAAUUCAAACCAAUCUUUACAUGGUGCUGUUGUAAAUCUCAAAGCAAAAUAUAUCCUAUGCCCUUUUUCCACAGCACAAGUUUCUCUUGUUAAUUAUUUUCAUUUUAAUUCCAAUUUAGCAUGCUAACAACAAUGUUCAAAGAUUACUACUUGCAAACAAAUGUGAUGCAGAAGAUGAGAGAAAAGUAUGGAAAGAUCAGGGAGCUAGGGUAAGUAUUUUGUUGUGUUUUAAAUAACCGUCCUGGAGAAUUUUUUGUAGACUUUCUUCACUACUUGUGUCUGAUUUGUCACCUUUUUAUCGGCCUUAACCUUUUAAGCCCCAAGAAUGAUCAGCAUCAAAUUUCUCCUUGUAAUAUCAAUGCUUUUGUAAAACAGAGUGGUCAUGAAAAUUACGGACAUGAUCACACAAGAUGAAUUUGCUUGAUAUUUUAUCAACUUCUCCCUACUACUUCUGUAGGAAAUGAAUAGGGGCAACACAUGAGAAUUCAAAUUUUGAUCUUAGGGUUUAAAGGGUUAAAUCGCUGACUGGCUCACUAGUUGUAAGACUUGUUGUCUCAUGAGACUCGUAACCCGCAAAAUAAUAGCCUAUCAAAAAUUUGGAAGCCUGCUCAUUAAUAUAAUGUUCUUUUUUUAUUCAGUUUGCGGCAGAAAAAAACAUUAAAUUCUAUGAAACAAGUGCCCAGUCAAAUAUUAAUAUAGAUGAGGUAAGGGUAUUAUAAUUCCUUGAUAUUUAAGUGUUCUGAACAAAAAUAAUGUAGAAAAAAGCAUAUGCACUCUACAAUAAUUUGAAUAACUUUGACUCUGAUGAGGAGCUUCAUACAAUCAGUUGUUAGCAAAAAGCAUCAAUGGUCGUUAUGUAGUGCUACUUUCUGGUAGAACACUAUCUCAAAUGGUCGUCUUCAACCUACAAGUUUGUGACAAUUCUUCCAUUUGAAACUUUUUUACUGGUAACAGUAAACACCAGAUUAAGGUUCUUUGCUUCUGGUCAGUCAUGUGGUACAACAAUGCCACCAUGCUGAAGAUUAAGAAAUGCACUGAGACAAGACAAAAAAAGAGUUAAUGUCAUUUAAAAUGGCAAUUUCCCUUGUUUGUUGUCACAGUUCUUUGUUUUCUUCCAGCAUGACAUUUUGAUAUUAUGUGACUGAUCACCCUGUGAUGGGUGGCACACUUUAACUGAGUUUAUUACAGUCGACUCUCUCUUAACGGACACCUCUAUAAGACAGACACCUCUGUAAAACAGACACUUAGAGUUGGUCCCUGCCUUUCUUUACUCCCUUUAUUUGACUCUUUAUAAGAUGGACACCUCUCUAAGAUGGACACUUAGUGCCGGUCCCAAAGGUGUCCGUCUAAGAGAGAGUUGACUGUAUUUACUUUUUCAAAAUAAAUUAUUAUGAAGCUCACUGUGAGCUAGCUGCAUCUACAAAGAGGAUGACAGGCUCUAUUAUCAGUUAAAAUAUAACAUUAUCAUCUGUUAUAUUACUUUUUCUCUUUUUAUGUUUAGAAUUAAACAUAAACACCUCCCUAAUGUAACUCAGUUUCUUUAAAUCAUACAGCUUGUUUGCACAUUGUGUGAGAACUGAAUGGUAACUCUAUAUUUUUGUUUAGGCCUUUACAGAAAUAUGUCGGCAAAUUUUACAAGCAAUGGAUGAGAAUAAUCAAGUUAGUAUGAUGUGAAUUUUCAAUGAAAUAUUCCUCUGAUUGAUUUCCAGUUUUGUACCCUUCACUCUAAUAUACCACUCAAACUACAAAGAAAAAAGAUUGAGCCCACUGUAAUGGCCUUAAGCAGUUUUUCAUUAUGUGGGUGAAAAUGACUCUUAUGACCUCCUUGAAAUUCUACAUCAUUUCAACAUAUUUUCCCAUGGUAUUAGAAUGACUGUGUUUAUGCUUUCAUCUUUUUUUAGAAUGGAACCAUGCUAUCUCCUAAUGGUGAAUCAAGAUCCAGUGCUAUUCUCCUUGACACAAAGAAUGAAGUUCUUCCGCGCAGUUCUUGUUGUUAUUAA